AUGAAUCUCGCUGCAGAGGCGCCCAGCGAGACCAAUGCUCUCGGGGAAGCGACAGCUGCUCAUUCCAAUGAAAAGCCUCCAGUUACUACAGGCCCAUCUGGGAUGCCCUCGUCGGAUGGCACGAAUCCAAUGUGGAAGCUCGCUGUCUUGCUGCCCCUGCUUCUCAUAUGCAUGUUCCUAGUGGCUCUAGACAAAAAUAUCGUCUCCACGGCUAUACCCCAAAUCACGGACGAAUUCCAUUCUGCUGGGGACAUUGGCUGGUAUGGAAGUGGUUAUCUGCUGACUUCUUGCGGCUUUCAGUUGCUGUUUGGAAAAGUCUACACAUACUUCGACAUCCGGACUGUCUUUCUAGCUAGCUUGUUUCUCUUUGAAGCUGCUUCCGCCAUCUGUGGAGCGGCUCCCAACUCCACAGUCUUCAUCGUGGGAAGAGCUCUUGCUGGGGUGGGCGCUGCGGGUGUCUUUGCAGGAACAAUUAUAUGCAUAGUCUACCUUUUCCCGUUACACCGUCGUCCCAAGGCCCAAGGCAUUUUCGGUGCGAUAUUUGGUAUUGCGAGCAUUAUAGGCCCCUUGAUUGGUGGUGGUUUUACCUCAAAUGUAACAUGGAGAUGGUGCUUCUAUCUUAAUCUGCCCAUUGGGGGUGUGGCUUUCCUUGCCUGUCUGCUCUGGCUGAAUGUUCCGAACGAACCGACUGUCAAUCUCCCUCUGGCCGAGAAGAUCAAGCGUCUAGACCUCAUUGGAACGGUUUUGAUCUUACCAUGUCUUAUAUGUCUCCUGUUAGCACUACAAUGGGGAGGCACCACUGAUGCGUGGAACUCUGGACGGAUAAUUGCAUUGCUUGUCGUUUUCGCAGUAACUUUACUCCUUUACGGUGCAAGUCAAGCAUUUCGUCCAGAUACAGCAUCGAUUCCUCCGCGCCUUUACAAGAACCGAAGUGUUCUUGGUGGCAUAGCCGCCAACUUCACCUCGUCAGCGGCUCUUUACAUUUACGUCUACUUUUUGCCCCUCUGGUUCCAGACUGUGAAAGGUGUCAGCGCUGCAGCAUCCGGUAAUCGUCUUUUACCAAUCAUGAUAUCCAUGAUAAUUGCGUCCAUCACCGGUGGAAUCUUUACCACGAAAGUCGGCUAUUACUCCCCAUUAGCAGUCUUUGGGGCUAUGGUAAUGACGAUUGGAGGUGGACUAAUAUAUACAUUCAAAGUUGAUACAAGCACGGAAAUGUGGAUUGGAUACAUGAUCCUCUACGGUUUUGGCUUUGGUUGGUCUUUCCAGACGCCUAAUCUUGGCAUACAGGCUUCUCUGCCGAAGGAGGACGUGCCAUCUGGGUUAGCAUUGAAUAUUUUCUCUGGCCAAUUCAGUCAAGCAAUUAUAGUUUCAGUUGGGGCCAACGUUUUCAGCACCCAGGUUGUGCGAUUGCUCUCCUGGAUUCCUGGCUUUACUGCAGAACAAUUUACCUCUGGAGGUGCUACAUCCCUGUUGAGCGAUCUGCCUGUUGAUCAAUAUAAUAAAGCCCUGGGGGACUAUAACUCAGCACUACGUCAGGUAUUCAUGGUUGGGUUGAUCUUGUGUGCGCUAACCGUUCCUUUUCUUGCCGCGAUGGAAUGGCUGAGCGUUAAGAAGCCUGCCGAGUCGGAGGAUGAGCUUGCCAUGAAAGCCACUGAGCAGAAGCCUAUUGAGUCUGAGGAUGAGCUUGUCAUAAAAGCCACUGAGCAGAAUGCGCCAAAGGAGUGA